AUGGAGUUGAGAACUACAGGAAGUGUGUUUGUGUUCUUCCUCUGCUCUUUGGCAGUGGUGCUGGGUCAGUACUGGAGAGUGACUUACCCCCUCCAGAGUGUCUGUGUCUUGAGAGGCUCAUCAGUGGACCUGUCCUGCUCCUAUACUUACCCCAGAGGUCACAAAGUCACUACAACAUUCUGGUUUACCAGACGGAGGGAUGGUGAAGUUUCACAGGACCUGAGUCUGGACCCAGAGUAUGCAGGUCUUCAGGUGAAGGUGACUCCUUCUACCUGGGGAGAGAAGACCCUGACCUGUAGCUCCACCUGUCCUCUGACUGGUAACCCCUCCUACAUCUGGUACAAGAACGGACAACAUGUAAAACAGGCUUCAUCCCAACAGCUCUCUGUCUCCAGUAACUUUCAGGACAAAUACUCCUGUGCUGUAGAAGGCCAUGAGGAUCUCCGCUCUCCUGCAGUGUGUGUUUAUGGUCAGUACUGCAGCAUAGUGACUUACUCCACCAGGAGACUGUGUGUCUUGAAGGGCUCAUCAGUGGACAUCUCCUGCACCUAUUACAGUUAUUACACCGUCACCUCCAGCUUCUGGUUCAGUCCUGGAAGGAGAGAUGGAUGGAGGGACAGAUCUGGACCUGAGGACCUAGCUGGAGACCCAGAGUAUGCAGGUCGUGUGCAGUCCUCUGGAACAGAGAGGAAGUCCUCCACCCUGACGAUCACACACCUGAGAGAGAGAGACUCAGGAGAGUAUCGCUUCACAUUCAAGACACGAGAUCCACUAUAUGACUGGGGGGACAGUUUCUCUGGAACCACUCUGACUGUCACAGGUCUUCAGGUGAAGGUGACUCCUUCUACCUGGGGAGAGAAGACCCUGACCUGUAGCUCCACCUGUCCUCUGACUGGUAACCCCUCCUACAUCUGGUACAAGAACGGACAGCAUGUACAACAGGCUUCAUCCCAACAGCUCUCUGUCUCCAGUAACUCUCAGGACAGAUACUCCUGUGCUGUAGAAGGCCAUGAGGAUCUCCGCUCUCCUGCAGUGUGUGUUUAUGGUCAGUACUGCAGCAUAGUGACUUACUCCACCAGGAGACUGUGUGUCUUGGAGGGCUCAUCAGUGGACAUCUCCUGCACCUAUAACAGUUAUGACACCGUCACCUCCAGCUUCUGGUUCAGUCCUGGAAGGAGAGAUGGAGAGAGGGACAGAUCUGCACCUGAGAAUCUAGCUGGAGACCCAGAGUACGCAGGUCGUGUGCAGUACUCUGGAACAGAGAGGAAGUCAUCCACCAUGACCAUCACACACCUGAGAGAGAGAGACUCAGGAGAGUAUCGCUUCACAUUCAAGACACGAGAUCCACUAUAUGACUGGGGGGACAGUUUCUCUGGAACCACUCUGACUGUCACAGGUCAUUUCUAUAUUACUGUUUAAGACUCUAAAUUACACUCUGACCUUGUGACCUGAGAACAGGGCUUGUAUCACUGUUGGAUGACUGCUGUUGUUUCUGACCCCAG